CUCAGCUCUGGCCGCUCUCGCUCUUUGCCAGAUGCAGCCAUGGACCAGACACAAGAGCAGGGCCUUGCCUGUGGCCUCUUCCACAGAACAGCACAGGAAGAGACCAGCGUCAUGGGCACUGGAUCCAUGGAAGAUGGUGACGUCUACACCAGCGACACCAGUGCUGCCAUGCUAGAAUUCAUUUUGGAGGAGGGUGUUUCCAUUCCAGAGCAAUUGCCUGCCGUGGUGAGGUACAUCCACCAAUGGCUCAUGGCCAAUGAGUCUGCUGACUCCAGGCUGGGCAGGACCCUGCUGGAUCUGACCAAGGCACAGCCCACUGACGUGGUCAUUGCUCUCCUGCGUGUGGCCCCAGUGUGUGACAGAGCUGCAAUGACCAUGUGGAAGACCAUCAUGUGCUCGAGCAGGACUGUGGAGCCAGUAGUACAGAUACUCCUCGAUGUGCUGAGAACCUGGCCAGAGCACAGCACGUGCACCUCCGAUGGGGACAACACGGGUGUCUUUGCCCUGGCUGCGACAGUGGUGAUGUGGAAGUUCCUUCGGAUGCCCUGCAUCCCAUGUGUACUGAAUGUGUAUUUCCCUCGCCUCUUUGUGCAUCUGGUCUUUCAAGUUCUCUUCAGCACUUUGGAGAUGCCACAGGAGGUUGAUACCUUCUGGAAGGCAUGCCAGGAGCAACACGGCCUUGCCAUCAGCCCCAACAGGUUUGCAGUGCAGAUCCUGAAGUCCUUGCUCUGCCUUCUCCGGUGUAAGCAUGUAGUGGUGGAAAUGGAACACAAGCGUGGCUGGGACAUGCUGCUCUGCGCUGACACCCACCAUCAUGCUGUGGGUCUGCUGGCCAGAGAAAUGUGCUCUUCAUCCAUACAAUUGUGUUCCGGAGUAGCAUUCUACCUGCUCAGGCUGCUCAGCAAAGAGUUGUCAUUGUGGGAUUUCGCUGCUCUGGCAUUCCUUGUAGAGAUCCUGGACUACCUGGACUUGAGUGAAUGCUGUGACAGCAUCCUGGACAUCAUGUCACAGAAUCUGCAGAGCGAGUGCAGAGAGAGGCAUUGCUUGGCACUCAGAGGCCUCCUAGUGCUUGCCAAGAAUCCGUCCAUGGCCAAGAAAAUGUGGAGCCUGACUGAAAGCCUGCUGGAGCUCCUGCAGGAAGAUGAUAGUGACGUGGUCAGGAUGACCAUAGUUCUACUCAAAUAUUUGUUCCUGUAUAAUAGCACCCCGAUAGCCAGCCCCAUCGCCCAGCAGCUGGCUGAGGUGCUCCUGGCACUUUUUGACAAUGAUGAUAGCCAGGUGCAGCUGGUAUCCAUGUUUGUCUUUCAAAAGAUGAUAGAUUUAUUCAUGGAAGAGGGAAGAAAGGCCCUGAAGUCACACGUGCACCAGAGCCUGCUGCCACUCUUCUUCCACUGCCACGACGAGAACCAGCAGGUGGCAGAGGCUUCCCGGGAAACUCUGCAUUCUUCAGCCAGAUUCCUGAGGAGGAGAGAUAUUGAACAGAUGCUGGAGGUGGACCAGACAUGGAGGUUCGGCGAGUGCCUGGUAAGGACGGCCUGGAAGGCCCAGCCUCAGCCUGGAGAAGCCCCCUGUCCCUGGCGCUCGGUGCAUGGGGCUGGCAGCUGGGCCCCUGCCCAGUGCCGCAGCCGGGGCCACACGGCUUCUUCUCCAGGCUCCUGUGGCCCUGAGCCGGCUGCCGAUGGA